UUUGUAAUUUGAAUUUCAAAACCCUCCAAACGACCAUUCUCAGUUCUCAUUCUACCGUUUCAAAACCACUCCCAAAUUUCAAACGUAACGUAAACCCUAAAUACCAAAUUUCAUCUCCAUUUCACACACUUCUCUGAUUUCAAGCUCACAACAAUGGCGGACAACAAUGGCGGGCAGCAAAUCAUGAACAAGAUACCGCAAUUCACUGUAAUAAAGAACGGUUCCAUUCUCAAGAACAUAUUUCUCUUAAGCAAACAGUCUACCGUCGGUAAAUCUUCACAAAAUCCAGAAUCUGAUGAAGAGAUCUUGCUUGUUGGACGGCAUCCAGAGUGCCACAUCACUCUUGAGCACCCGAGCAUCAGCCGAUACCAUCUGCGUAUCCACUCGAAUCCGUCUGCACAUAUGAUUUCGGUCGUUGAUCUAUCAUCCGUUCACGGGACAUGGGUUUCGGGGAAGAGGAUUGAACCGGGGGUUAAUGUGGUGCUUAAAGAGGGGGAUAAGGUUAAGAUUGGUGCUUCGAGUAGGGUUUAUGAGCUGCAUUGGGUUCCAUGUAGUCGAGCGUAUGAUGUUGGUGAAUCGUUCGUGCCUGCGGUCUAUACGAUCAAAGAAGGACGAGAAGAAGAAGAAAUGAAUCAAGUGGUUGAAGAGAAACAUGAAGAGUACUCAUCAAAUGACGAUUUGGAGGGUUCGGAGGUGUUAUCAUCCAACACGGUUCACGAUUCCCCCUCGAAGACAUUGAAUUCAUCGACAUCUAGCAAUGAAAAUGAUGACAUCUUUGCUACUGUUUCAAUCCAGGCUCCACUUGUGUCAGAAACUACAUCUGCUACACAGGUUUCUGACAACCUAAACGAUUCAGAGGAUCAGUUGAUGACGAACUUCUCAAAAUUUUCUUGUGAUGAUCCUGAGGUAGAACAUGAAGAGUAUUCAUUAGUUGAUGAUCUGGAGUGUUUGGGUUUGUCAACAUCCAACACGAUUCACGUUUCGCCUGUGAAAACAUCUAACCCAUUGACGUCUGACAAUGAAAUCAAUGACAUCUUUGCUACUGUUUCUAUCCAGUCUCCAGUUGUUGUGUCAGAAACUACAUCUGCAACACAGGUUUCUGGCGGCCUAAACGAAUCAGAGGAUCAGUUGAUGAAGAACUGCCCAAAAACUUCAUGUGAUGAUGCUGAGGUAGAACAAUCAAGUCGAAUGAAACAUGAGGAGCAUCCAUUAGUUGAUGAUUUGGAGUGUUCAAAUUUGCCAACAUCCAACACGAUUAACAAUUCACCCUUGAAGACAUUGAACCCAUUGGCAUCUUGCAAUGAAAACAAUGAUAUCUUUGGUUGUGUUUCUAUCCAAGCUCCACUUGUUGUGUCGGAAACUACAUCUGCAACACAGGUUUCUGACAGCCUAAAUGAUUCAGAGGAUCAGUUGAUGCUGAACUGCUCAACACCUCCGUUUGAUGAUGCUGAGAUAAAACAAGUAAGCGCAUGGAAACACGAAGAGUAUUCAUUAGUUGAUGAUUUGGAGUGUUUGGAAUCAUCAACAUCUAACACGAUUAGCAAUUCGCCCUUGAAGAUGUUGAACCCAUUGACAUCUUGCAAUGAAACCAAUGACAUCUUUGCUACUGUUUCUAUCCAAGCUCCACUUGUUGUAUCAGAAACUACAUCUGCAACACAGGUAUCUGAUAGCCUAAACGAUUCGCAGAAUCAGUUGAUGCCAAACUGCUCAGAAUCUUCAUGUGAUGAUGCUGAGUUAGAACUAUCAAGUCCAAGGAAGCAUGAGGAGUAUCUAUUAGUUGAUGAUUUGGAGUGUUUGGAUUUGUCAACAUCCAACACGAUUCACUAUUCGCCCUCGAAGACAUCAAGCCCAUUGACAUCUGGCAGUGAAAUCAAUGACAUCUUUACUACUGUUUCUAUCCAAGCUCCACUUGUUGUGUCAGAAACUACAUCUACUACACAGUGUUCUGACAUCCUAAACGAUUCAAUGGAUCAGUUGAUGCCGAACAGCUCAAUACCUUCAUGUGAUGAUACUGAGGUAGAACAAUCAAGUCCUUGGAAAACAGGCAGUGGAAAUGGUGAACUCUUCACCACUGUUUGUGUUUCAGAAGAUAUAUCUGUUACAGAGAUGUCGGACUACUUAAACAAAUCAGAAGAUAAGUUGAAUUGUUUGAGCGACAAUCUGAGCAAUGAUAUCGGUCAGACCAGUCAUGCGACUAUAAAGGAUGACCCGGUUUCUAUUGAUCUUUUUAAUGCUAUUGAAACACAUGAAAAAGAUGCUUCAAAUCAAAACAUAGCAAGAGGCAAUGAAACUGACAUUGACAAUGAAAAUCAGCAGAAAAUUAACAAUGGUUCAGAUGAUAAAACUCACACUCCAGACAUAUCAAAAGCCCAAGAAAUCCAUAUGAAUCCGAUGUCCGCCCAGAAAUUGUCGGCUUCAAUGAAACUUUUGGAUAGUUUACAUGGAAGAGAAAUGGAGUUCUAUACCCCAGAUAAAGAGAACAAAAAUCCCAAUGCUUGUUCUGGGAAAUCUUUGUCAAAGAAACCGGUUAAUCCUAUUGUCUAUGAGGAAAAAGACAUUCUUGGCUUUUCACAAAAUCUGUUUGCUAUGGAUGAAGGGCUGUGUAGAGAACAAGAGGCUGAUGCGUUUGUGGAUUCUGAAGAAGUUUUGGCUAUUACUUCAGAAAAAGAGAGUAAAUCCGUACAAAUGAUAAUGGAAGGAAGGUGUAACUCCAUGAACUACCCUCGAACUGUUGAAAAUGUCGUUAAUUCAUCUCAAAGCUUGGCUAAGAAAAGAUGGACAAUGGUGGUGGACACUAACAGUCUUCUUGACCACAAGUCUUUGAAGUACUUGAAACUUCUAGAAGACAUCAAAGGGACUCGGUUGUUCUUAACCAGAACUGUUGUAAGAGAGCUAAUGGACAUAGAGAGCCAAGAUUAUUUCUUCAAUAGAAGCUCAAAAAAGGCUUCUCUAGCAUUGGAAUGGAUUGACGAAUGUAUGAUGAAUACAAGUCAGUGGAUUCACAUGGAUGAUGAUGAUGAUGAAACUGUUCGCCGUCCAUCAACAGUUCUUGAAAUUGCCCUCCGUUUACGUGAAGAAGAUUCAGAUCAAAAGAUCAUCAUUCUUAGUGAUAACCUCACACUGAAAAUCAAAGCCAUGGCAGAAGGGAUUAUGUGUGAAGCAGCAGAAGAAUUUCACAAGAGUCUGGUGAAUCCUUUUUCAGAGAGGUUUAUGUGGGUCGGAAGCUCGGCUAGAGGACUAACUUGGUCCUGUGUAGAUGAUGAUGAUAUUGUGCGACAAAAGUACCAAGGGUUUGGUUUAAAUGGGUCGCACAAGUUGAAAGGCUUGAAGCUAUUAGCACAUGUUACAACUAGUUAGCUUCAGCUCGUUAGUAAGAAUUCGGUUAUGCCACAAUAUUGAAACCAAGUGUAGACACUGAGAUGAUGAUAAAACAGUGUAUUGAAUUUGAAUGGUUGGCCUUAAACAC